CUAACGGCGAGCCAAGCGAGUUGCCGAGGGGAAAAAAAAGUUUCUCGCCGCUUGACAAGUGAAGCCUGCGCGAGAUGAGUUGAUGCCGGCCUCGACCGGAAGUUUAAUAAAGCAAUUGACAAGGAGGGAACGCCUCGGACGAUGCCUGCUACGUGUGUGUUGAUGCUGUCUUAGCGUCGGACGAGCGCGCGUGCGCGUGUGUGUAUGUGUGCAUCGCGGCUGCGGCGAUUUGUCAUUUCCUGCAGCGGCAGGGGCCCGUUGCCCGCGACCAUUUGUGGAAAUGGCUCGACAAUUCGCGGAGAACAUGAAGCAGAAGCAUCAUAUGAACGAAAUACCGCCAGUGUGGAAGUCUUAUUUGUACCAACUUCAGCAAAAAGCACCAACGCCAAAGAGGAUAGUCUGCAAUAAAGAGGUGCCUAAUCGUCCUGCUCAUUAUGGAAGGGAGUUUCAUGGGAUUAUAUCCCGGGAGGAAGCGGAACGCAUGCUGCAAGAAGGGGAUGGCUGCUAUCUGGUCAGAGAAAGCCAACGUGCUCCUGGUCAAUACACGCUGAGCUUAAGGUUUGGAAACGCAUGCAAGAACUUCAGGUUGUAUCACGACGGAAUGCAUUACGUGGGAGAGAAACGCUUUGCAACGCUACAAGACCUGGUGGCCGAUGGUCUGAUCACGAUGUACUUGGAGACAUACGCGGGCGAGUACAUCAACUCCAUGUGUGCUCAGUCACGGUAUGAGGACAGCCCAUACAUGACACUCCACUCGUACCAACGCCAGCUGCGUCAGAAGCAGCAGCAGUCACUUCGCAUGCGCCACCAUCGGCAACCACCGCCCGCUGCCGAGCAGGAGAGUCACGAGUACGACAAGCCCGAUGAGGAGCUCGAUUGUCCCUUGCUGGAUGGCAUUCCCGAGGACAUCAACGUCCAAGAUUUUGAAAAACCUCAUGCUUUCAAGGUGAAUAACUUCAAAGGCCUCCCGUGGUGUGACUUCUGCGGCAACUUCAUGUGGGGUCUGAUAGCCCAGGGCGUACGGUGUGAAGACUGUGGCUUCAGUGCACACAACCGAUGUUCAGAGAAAGUGCCAAACGACUGCCUGCCGGACACCAAGUACGUCAAGCGGGUCUUUGGGGUGGACCUGACCACUUUGGUGAAGGCUCACAAUACUCCUCGGCCAUUUGUUUUGGAUAUGUGCAUCAAGGAGAUAGAGCAGAGGGGCUUAGAUACUGAAGGCAUUUAUCGUGUAUCUGGGUUUAGUGAUGAAAUAGAAGCGUUGAGGAUGUCAUUUGAGAAAGAUGGGGAAAGCGCACCAUUGAGUGCAUCUACAUAUGAAGAUGUCCAUGUGGUGGCCGGGGUCCUGAAACUGUUUUUGAGGCUGCUACCGAUACCCCUCAUCACAUUUGACAGCUAUACGAAGUUUUUUGAUGCAGUCAAGAGCAACAAAGUGGAGGAAAAGCUGGAAGCCAUGAAGGAAGCAGUAAAGUCGUUGCCGCCCGCUCACUACCAGUCGUUGAAGUAUCUCAUGAGUCAUCUGCAAAGGGUCUCGGAGCACCAGAAGAAAAACCUGAUGUCACCAAAGAACCUGAGUACAGUGUUUUCACCAACAGUGAUGCGGACACCCGACAUCAUGGGCAUGGGUCUGGACCAGAUGAGUGCCUGGCACACCGAGAGUGCCGUCGUCGAACUGCUCAUCAGCUAUAACCGGACCGUGUUUGUCCAGUAGCCAGUCUCGCGAAAGGCCGCUAGCUGCACGCACACCUUCAAAGAUUGCCCUACCCCUGCGUCAUGUGUGGACUCGCCAACAAAAAGUUUAUCGAUCUGUGACGUCAUUAAGUGAGCUUGAGGCUACGUCUGAAUCCGUCGGUCCAUUUUUCCAGUCUGAAUUGAACAACUCUGAUGUCAAAACUGAGCUCAGGGAUAUGUUGAUAUGUAUCGCAUAUUCCGCGAGGUGCAAGCGACCGGAAUGGUGUUCUUUGUGAAGCACUUCGUAUUGUUUUCACGUCCGAGCUGUAGCCAGGCCUUGCUUGCAAGUGUUUGGCAACGCUUGCAUGCACAGCUUUCAUGCAUUUGCUGUGCUUCCUAUGUUUCUUAUAUGCGACUCACAACUUUCGGUGAUACAAAUGCAGAUUUCCUGAAUGAGCUAAAAGAAAUUUACUGCCUAGUUUUUCAGUAAAAGCGGCUGUUAGAAAAAUGAGUGCUUUGGCAUACACUCUGCAUAUCUAUUGUCUGGUCAUGUGGCUUUUUUCUAGUAGCAUGUGAUGAGCUUGCAAUGAUUCUAUAUUUCAAGUUCGGAUUCAGCAAGAAGCAUUCUUUUAGUGCUUUCAGAGAAUGUCUGCUUCACUUUCGAUUCAUGUUGCAAACAGCUUCUUUAUGUUUAGCCCGAGGUUAAUCGCUCACAAUUGCGGCACUUCUCACUGAAGCAGAACUCAAUCAUUUUCUUUAAUCGGUUACCAAGAGAACAUCUCGUCAUGUAUGACAAGCUGAAUACUUAGUGUCUUUCUCACCGCAUCUUUUUACGCAGCUUCUGACACUAGACAUUUCCUCAUUUUGCAUUUGCUAUCGACCUUGCUUAUUUGUAUUUUAACAUCUUAUUCAUGAACAUGUUGGUCGCAAAGCAGUAGAUGCAGACCCAUAGCCAGGAAUAUUUUUCAGGGGAGGAGGGAACGUGCUAAGUCCUUGACUAUUUUAUAAGGACACCUGCUACGGGCUAGUUCACGCCCCGAUGAACCUAAAUAAAGUUUCUUCAUACCAUACCUAUCUUGAUUACUUUUUUUGCGUUAAAACGCCCCACUUCAUCAGGAUUUGGAGGGGGAAGGGAGGUGGCCUAGGGCUCUCCUUUUGGCUUCAGGCCUGAGUACACGUUGGUCAUUUUCUGGGCAUACAGAAUUUCAGAAAGUGGCACUGCUAACUGCAGUGCAACUGAGCACUUACCGAGGAUCGAAGCAACGCAUUUUCAUUUUACUCUGAUUUCGAUGUGGUUAUUCCAUCAACAGAUCACAGCCUGACCAACCUGGAAGCGGAAAGUGCUACUAAGACUGAUGAAUUAGCUUUGAAUCCAGGCCUCUCGAAAAUGGGCUUUCCUAUUUGUUUCUUAAGUCACGGCACAGUAUUUGAGUAGGUUCUACAGCAGCGUGAUAUUUUGUUCCUCGAACCAUGAUGCAUGUUACAUGCGUAGCUUUCACAGUAUUUGCUCCCUUCUACUUGUCCGCAUUCAUGGAGUUCAGGUAUGCAUAAUGUUUCCAUGUUCUUUUUUGCUCAUCCAACAGAUCUGGGUGUUAAACGAGGUCGUAAUGGUCAUAAAACCUGCAUAGCAUAGUACACUUACUUAGGUACAGUGUAUUCUUGCAGUAACACAAAGGAGUUUUGCUUUGUGAUACAACAGUGUGUUGGUGUAGAGAAUACUAAAGCAAACACUGCAUAAUGAGAACUUCGACACUUCUAGGGCCUGUACUAAAAAAGUUGCCGCAGAAUUUUAUUUACUUUUCUGUUCAGCAGUGAAUAAAUGGGCAAAAAAAGGUGAAAGCAUUCAGUAGUGGGUAGAAGGGUCAGUGGGAUGAAAAGGGGGGAAAAAAAAUCCUGUUCUACAGAAUAAAGGGCAAUUUUUUGUCUUCAAUAAUUUUUUCUAUUCGAAUGAGAAACAUUACGCUACAGUUUAAAAGAAUCUGAAGUAAUGUCUCAUGUUUUGACUGAAUUUCAGUUUUAUUAGCUGCUAUAAUCAAUAAUUCAUGGGGUUUAACAUUUCAGGGCCACAUCAUGAUUGUGAGAGAUGCCGUAGUUGAGGGCUCUGGAAAUUUUGCCCACUUGGGGUUCUUCAAUGUGCACUUAAGUACACUAGCUUCGAGCAUUCUUGCUUCCAUCAAAAAUACAUUCGCCGGGGCUGGGAUUCAAUCCCACGACCUUAUGGUCAGCAGUCAAACGCCACUUGACCAUCGUGGUGGGUUUGUUUUAUUUGUUUUUGCAUAACGCAAUCGUUUAAUGUAAUCUGGAUAUUUCCACUAUGUGGUUUUCUUAAUCUCUCUUGAAUAAACUGUCAAACUCAAGUGAUUCAGUGAUGAAACCAAUGGUCAUAAUAAUCAGGCAGCAACACAAGUAAAGAAUGUAUUGUUUAGGCAUCGUAAUGGGUUUUUAAACAACAAUACUUGUUUAAAGCUUGGCAAAUGUGAUUUUCGAUUUCCAGUUUGUUUUGAGGUGAAGUUUUUCAUGACAUUGAGGUACAAGACAUUAUUGUUGUGUGUCUUGGAAUCAUAUGCUUGCCUUUGGUGGAUCUAAUUCUGUUGAAGGUUCUGGUGAGCAUACUGAACUUGGUAAUGAGCCUUUGCUGUGCUGCAUUUUGUUUGAAGCUACAAUUUUGGUUAGUUUAUUGAUUAACUUAAUCGAGUCUCACUGCAGUGACUACAGCUGUGUUUAGCCUUCUGAAUCUUUUAAGUAGGUAAGUGUGCUUCUCAGAAUUCUUUUAUUUAACAUCUGUUUCGUGGGGACUCAAGUUGAUAUUUUAACCUGUUUCGUAUUAUUUUGUAGUGCACUUUUUGAUUGAGUCACAUUGCUCCGUUGUGCUAGCACAUCGAAGUGGGAAUUUUCCAAAGAUGUUUAAGCUCAGACAUGGUUGUUGUCCCAAGGCUUAGGUGUUUUCUAACUGUAUAAUUUCGUAUGUUUAAUGGCUUUGUUAUUUUCAUUUUAUAUUAUAGAUCUGUUGUUGAUUACAUCGUAUUCUCAACAUUGCGCGGAUGUUGCAGCAUACUAGCCAAUUUAAGAUACUUGCGGUGCAUGUGCUCUUUCAGGUAUUGUAACUGCAACGCUGGAGCAAUAGGAGUUGUGAAUGUACGUUUUUAUGUGACCGCAUUCAGCUAUGUUCCAAGCAUCCUGUUAUUGAACUGUAUACAUACAAGCUUCGUUUUGUGCGUUGUUUUUACAAAGUGAAGUGAUUUAGGAACAUAAUUUCUCAUCUGUUCUGCUUGGUGAACAAUGAGAGUGUCAAGCCACUUGUCUUUUUUUUUUCUGUUUGCGUUUCUGUCGACUAAAAUAAACAGGCCUGCACAGUUUUCUAGGGUAUUCACCUUUGACCAUCAUUGUCCUUUAUGAUAUGCUAAUCUCAAAGACUUGUAUUUCAGCUAUGCAAAUUAGAUUUCUGACAAGUUCUGAUGGAAGAUGAACAUGGCAGCACUUUUUGGUUCACUUUGAAGUAGUAUGGCUGGUUGUUGAGAUUCCAAAUAGAGAGCAGCUGUUUAGAAAAAAUCGUUGAGCAGUGCAACCAUGAAUGUUUGACCAACACGAUAGGAGUGAACUGAAAGGUUAGUGUAAUAGUGUGUUUUAGCUAGGCGGUGGAUCAUCCUGAACAUACUUGCAGUGCAAAUAGAAGUAAUUAUGGAAAUGGGAAACAACUCAACCAUCACCAAAACUUCUUGAUCCUAGUAACUCAGGAAGUUGUUUUAGUAUGCGCUGUGCUUCCUAGUCCUUUUGCUUUGGUGGUGGGUCUGGUGUUUGUGUCACAAAAUUUGAGCACAUCGACAAACACUGAGCAGCAGUGAUCAACUGUGUAGUUAAUUAGUUGCUCUCAGUUUGCCCUUGGAAUUUGAUCUUGGCUCUGAAAUUCAUGUUGCUCUUCACAAGGUGUGUGACUUUACGAUGCACAGAAAUGGAAAGCUGCUUUUAUAAUCUGCCAAUGAUAUCCCUAUCACACGGGCCAAAUAAAGUGCACUUUGUCUUUGUGCACUUUCAUUCGCUACUGCCAUUCGCUGGCUGUCACAUGUCGCUUUGUGACAUUCGGUACAAAGUGCACUCUCCGGUGAGUGCGGUCGUCAAGCUCGCUUCACUACGCCGGAGUGUCUAGCCUCGGUAGCAGUGGCUCGAGAAUAAAUAAGUUGUUGUACAAAGCUCAGUUGAUAGAAUUUUUUACACUGUUGUUUUUGUUAUUAGGAAUGUUUUGAUGUAAUAAAAUUAGCACUCAAACGUCAUGAUAACAAAGUUGCAUAUUACAUGAAAAUAAGUUUGUUAUAUCCAAAAAUUCAUUACGAAGGCCUAUUCUUAACACUAUAUUUAUUGCAAGACUGUUCUUCAUUUACUUCAUUAUAACGAAUAGUUCUUUAUAUCAAGUGUACCUUAUAAUACUAAUCUGCUUUUCUCACUCUCAUGCAGUUUAUAUAGCCACUGCUGCCAGGUGCAUGCCCAGCACUCUCUACACAAUAGCCACAGCUGCCGCAUUUGUAUGUGAAGUUUAUUUUAAGCUCUGCUUAUAGCUGUAACACACUGUUCGGAAACAUUGCCUGAAGUAACAAGUAUCUGCUGUGCUACUCAAUCACUCGCCGCCAUCACCAUCAUUUCUAAAGUACACUGCUCUUUCUCGCGUGGCAGCAUGUCACCAAGUAACAUUUCGGGGGCGUAACUGCACUCGUUCGAAGUGAACUGAAUUCGCCCAUGUGGUCGGUGUAUUGACCUAUUUUAUUAGUGCUCGUCAAGGAGUGAAUCGAUUAUUCAUUUACAACACUGUGUCUUGCGAGCUCACCGUGUUUUCACUGCAAGUGUAAGCCUUAUGAUGUGUCCAAUUUAGCUAUUCUCAGUUUCGUCUAGUGUAGUAGUGACAAUUUUUUCAGUUGUCUAUUUAUAAGAUUUUUUAGGAAUGGUGUUUUUUUCUCCAGUUCUCCUUGUAGUGCUUUUAUUCUCUGAAUAAAUAUAUUGUGCGAUAUAUAUAUAUAUAGAUAUUUUUGGCAAGCUCAGAGAAAGCAAGUCAUAAUGUGACGUAUGCAUUUUCUUUCUUUUUUUUCCUUCUGAAGGACUCAUUUAAUUUUGUUUAAAUGCUCUAUUUCUGUUACGUGGUUAUUUGUGCAUUUAUAAUGUGUGAUGCUUUGUAUUAGUUUGUGACAAGUAUUUAGGAGUAUUACCAUGGUGCACAUCAUCGGCGCACCAUACGAAUGCUUUUAAUAGCGUAUUAAUUUAUGUUCCGGUUUGCUGCGUAAUGCAUAGGUGUUAUUUGCUACACAGAGUGGGGUUUAUUUGACGUUUCUCAUACUGGUCGAUGCAUUCCAAUAAAACUUCUUUUUUGUACGCCUAC